GCCAGCCUGUCACUGCGCCUGCGCCGGCCGCUCGCCCUCUCCCUCCUCGCGCAUGCGCCGCCGUGUUGUCAGGGGUGACGUGUCCCGGUGACAGGCUGGCAGCAGCAGGAAGUGGCGGGGAUCGGAGCAGGCCACCACCGACAUGCUGAAGAAGUUCGACAAGAAGGACGAGGAGUCCGGAGGUGGCUCCAACCCGUUCCAGCACCUAGAGAAAAGUGCGGUUCUCCAGGAGGCUCGUUUGUUUAAUGAGACUCCGAUCAACCCCCGAAAAUGUGCCCACAUCCUGACCAAGAUAUUGUACCUGAUAAACCAGGGUGAGCACAUGGGCGCCACAGAAGCAACGGAAGCCUUCUUUGCCAUGACUAAACUGUUCCAGUCCAAUGAUCCUACGCUCCGCAGAAUGUGCUACCUCACUAUAAAGGAGAUGGCGAAUAUUUCCGAGGACGUGAUCAUUGUCACCAGCAGUUUAACCAAAGACAUGACUGGGAAGGACGACGGCUACAGAGGCCCCGCAGUGCGAGCGUUGUGCAGAAUCACAGAUAACACCAUGCUGCAGGCCAUUGAACGCUACAUGAAACAAGCCAUAGUGGACAAGAUGCCCAGCGUAUCCAGUUCUGCCCUGGUCUCCUCCCUGCACCUGCUGAAGACGAGUUUUGACGUGGUUAAGCGUUGGGUUAAUGAGGCGCAGGAAGCGGCAUCCAGUGAUAAUAUGAUGGUUCAGUAUCAUGCUCUAGGAUUGCUGUAUCAUGUCCGCAAAAAUGAUCGCCUCUCCGUCAACAAGAUGCUGAGCAAGUUCAUGCGUCACGGCCUGAAGUCUCCCUUCGCCUACUGUAUGAUGAUCCGUGUGGCCAGCAAGCUGCUGGAGGAGGAGGACGGGAGCCGGGACAGUCCACUGUUUGAUUUCAUUGAGAGCUGCCUGAGAAACAAGCAUGAAAUGGUCGUGUAUGAAGCUGCCUCUGCCAUCGUCAACCUGCCCUCCUGCACUGCCAAAGAGCUGGCUCCUGCCGUGUCCGUGUUACAGCUGUUCUGCAGCUCUCCCAAAGCUGCUCUGCGUUACGCUGCUGUCAGAACCCUGAACAAGGUGGCUAUGAAACACCCAUCCGCUGUAACCGCCUGCAACCUCGACCUAGAGAAUCUGGUGACGGACUCUAACCGCAGUAUCGCCACCUUGGCCAUCACCACGCUGCUGAAGACCGGCAGCGAGAGCAGCAUCGACCGACUCAUGAAACAGAUCUCAUCCUUCAUGUCCGAAAUCUCCGACGAGUUCAAGGUGGUGGUUGUCCAGGCGAUCAGCGCCCUGUGUCACAAGUAUCCCCGUAAGCACGCCGUCCUGAUGAGUUUCCUGUUCACGAUGCUCCGAGAAGAGGGUGGUUUUGAAUACAAGCGGGCGAUCGUUGACUGUAUCAUCAGUAUCAUAGAAGAGAACCCUGAGAGCAAAGAGACCGGACUGUCCCAUCUGUGCGAGUUCAUAGAGGACUGCGAGUUCACUGUCCUGGCCACCCGCAUCCUCCACCUCCUCGGGCAGGAAGGACCACGGACCGCCAACCCAUCCAAGUACAUCCGCUUCAUCUACAACCGGGUUAUCUUGGAGAACGAGGAGGUUCGGGCAGGUGCUGUAAGUGCUUUGGCCAAGUUCGGCGCUCAAAAUGAAGACAUGUUGCCUAGCAUUUUGGUGCUAUUGAAAAGGUGUGUUAUGGACGAUGACAAUGAAGUAAGAGACCGAGCAACAUUCUAUGUGAACAUUUUGGAGCAAAGACAGAAGGCUCUCAAUUCCACCUACAUCCUUAAUGGGUUGACUGUGUCCAUCCCAGGGCUGGAGCGAUCGCUGCAGCAAUACACUCUGGAUCCUUCUGAGAAGCCAUUUGACUUGAAGUCUGUCCCACUAGCUACAGCACCUAUGGCAGAGCAAAGAGCAGACAGUUCACCGGUCACCACCGUCCGACAGCCAGAAAAAGUGGUAUCUACAAGGCAGGACAUUUUCCAAGAGCAACUUGCUGCUGUCCCAGAAUUCAAAAGCCUUGGCCCCUUAUUCAGGUCUUCUCCCGAACCCGUCGCCCUCACCGAAUCAGAGACGGAAUACGUGGUCCGUUGCACCAAGCACACAUUUGUUAAUCAUCUAGUGUUCCAGUUUGAUUGUACCAAUACACUGAACGAUCAGAUACUGGAGAAUGUGACUGUACAGAUGGAGCCUACAGAAGGAUAUGAGGUCCUUUGCUAUGUUCCUGUGAAAGCUCUGUCCUACAACCAGCCGGGGACGUGUUACACCCUGGUCUCUAUACCCGAAGAGGAUCCUUCUGCAUAUGCAUGCACAUUUAGUUGCAUGCUGAAGUUCACAGUGAAGGACUGUGACCCCAACACUGGAGAGGCAGAAGAUGAAGGCUAUGACGACGAGUAUGUGCUUGAAGACAUUGAGGUGACCGUGGUAGAUCACAUACAGAAAGUUCUAAAACCCAACUUCGGCGCCGCUUGGGACGAGGUGGGAGAUGAGUUUGAGAAAGAAGAGACUUUCAACUUAUCCACCAUAAAAACGCUGGAAGAUGCAGUAGGGAACGUUAUACGGUUCCUGGGAAUGCAGCCUUGCGAGCGGUCGGAUAAAGUGCCAGAAAACAAGAACGCUCACAGCCUGUAUCUGGCCGGUGUGUUCCGCGGUGGACACGACAUCUUAGUACGGGCAAAGCUGGUACUCACGGACACUGUAACAAUGCAGGUCACUGCCCGCAGCAAGGAGGAAUAUCCGGUGGACGCAAUCAUGGCCUCCGUGGGCUAAAGAGCAGCAGUAAUCCGCACUACAGAAAUAAUGGGAUUUAUACUGUACAUUACCCCUACAUAGCCAGAGGGUGCCUUCAAUACGUGGGAACACUGUUGCAUAAUAAAUUCAAAUUCUCUUGGUAUGAAACUGGCUCAGACUUUCACUCCUGUCGAGUGCGCCGGAGGUUAAGCAGUCUAAAAAUCAUUUACUGUUAAUAUAACAAAAACUAGUAAAAAAAAAAAAAAAUGUGUUUCAUUAGAGGUGGGCGGGUGAAAAUAAAGGACUGUCUUUGCAAAUCCUGUAAUUAGUGUUUUUUGUUUUUGUAACGAGAAAAACUGUAUAAAACCAUUAUCCCUCUUUCCAUGCUGUUUUAAAUUAUUGAAUUGUUUCGGUACUGAUUUCCUUGUAUAGUUGCCCUAAGUUUAAAAGAAAUACGUUGGCAUAUUUAGUCUAGCGCCCCCUAUUUGUGGAAGACUUCAUGUGCAAGAUAAAGUGUCACAACAUAUAGACGUGGAACUUUUAGCUGCAUCUAGGAUUCAGUUAUCUAUCGGUAUCUAGCAUCUGGAAAUCAGUUUGUACAGGAUAGUUGGCCGCUACACACCAAUGUACAUAAUUGGCAGAGAAUAGUAGCUAUAUAGCAAAAAGGGAUAAUGACCAGGCUCUUUUACACGUAUGCUUUAGCAGGAGACUAUAGCCCUUCUUGCAGCUCCCUUCUCUAUCUCGCCCCCUAGUGGAUGAAUAAGAAAGUAGUGAUGUCAUCACAUCAGUAUGUGUCCAGAAUACUUCUAUUUUAAGGAAAAUAGCAUAUGAAAAUGAUAUUACAAAUCAUCUUAUUCAUUUACUGCGUGUAAAAACAAAUUUAGUUUGCCGCCUCUCAUACUUCAAAUCUUCACGUUCUUUCCAUAUUCUUUCAAGGCUGGAUAGAUAAUGAUGCGGGAGAUGUAUCAAAGCUUUGAGAGAGAGAAAGUACCAACCAAUCAGCUCCUAGUUGUCAUUUUUCAAUCAUCCUGUAAAAUGACAGACGCUGAUUGACUGGUACUUUCUCUCCCCACUUUAUCACUUUCCAAGCUUUGAUAAGUCUCCCCCUGUAUAAGAUUUGGGUAUGAGUAUAGAUUACCUUUAACAGAAAAAAUGAUUUGUAAAAUAAUAGUCUUUAACCUAUGACCCCCAGUGGGAGGGGCUGUUAGGCAGACUGACCCUUUUUAUAGCCAUAUAAUAAUGUUCAUUCCUCCUAUUCUGACCACACAAGUUAAUUGUGGCCGGAACUCUGAGCUGUGUGUAUUGGGGGAUAUCCACAUUGUAUGACUUAUUAUUCUGUAAUGAGAACGUUGUUGGGCACUUUAGAUAAUUUGUAGAUUCGGACAUAAUAAAGAGACUUUCCUUGGCACACAGUGUCCAGUACUUUGGAGAAUAUUUCCGUGUGUACACUGUAUACUCAAAUUUUAUUGCUUUUGUAUUUGUAUGGAAAAGGAGCAUAUGGUGAAAUGCCAUAAUAAAGAAAUGAACAGAU